UUGGCGCCAGCAAUUUCGCGGGGCAACAACAGCGCUAGAGAAGAAGGAAGCUAAAAUAUUUCAUCAUAAACCUCUGGAGAACAUAGUUAUAAACGGCACACAGUGAGUUGGACGGCGGUGGUUUUACUGGUUUUGAUGGUGUGUGUGUGUCGUUCCUGUUUCCUGCGUUUCGUCCUGAACUCCGAGCUCUGGAUACAGUGGAGGGUGAACGCAGCUCGAUAUAAAUCUCACUGAGGCCUCGAGGAGGUGAGUAAUAAUGAUGGCGACGGCGGAGCCUCCGAGCGGCUCCAGCUUUCUUCCUCUACUCGAGUCUCUGGAGGACAGCGCCGCUGGACAGCCCGAGCAGACAGACGCCUACCUCACCAUCGCAAAUCGCCUCAGUGGAGAGGAAGGCCGACAGUUUCUUCCUGCAGUUGAAAAGCACUUUUCUCGUUUGGGUAAAGCCAUCCUGGCUCACAUCUCCAGUCCGAAUGCAGAGCUGAGCCAAGCCGCCUUACAAGCUCUGGGGUUUUGUGUUUACCAUUCUCACGUCGUCUCUGGAGUGUCCGAAACGUUUGCAGCAGAGAUACUCUCAGCACUUUGCUCCCUCGUGGUGAAGUCGACAGAUAAGAACACGUGCACCAGAGCAUUAUGGGUCAUCUCCAAACAGAGCUUUCCUCCGGACGUGGUCGGCAAAAAGGUGUCGUCCAUACUGGGAACACUGGAGAGCGUGUGGAGCAGAGAGGACAUCCAGUCAGUGGUGAUGGAGCACGAGGCCUUGAACGUUGUCAUCAGGUUGCUGGAGCAGGUUCCCGCCCAGAUGGGUGAAGGAGCGCUGCGCUGGGCGAAGCUCAUCAUCCCGCUGGUGGUCCACUCCGCCUCUAAGGUGCGUCUUCGGGCCGCAGCGGCCCUGGAGAUGGGCAUGCCUCUCCUCCUGGAAAAACAGAUGGAGGUGGCGGCUAUCAUCGAACCCAUGAUGUCCUCUAAACUGAUCCCAGAGCUCCAGAAGCUUUUCAUGUCCAAGAAUGAGACCAACGUCCUGAAGCUGUGGCCUUUAUUCGUCAAACUUCUUGGGAAGCUACUACACAGAGGAGGUCCUUUCAUCAACUCUUUGCUGCAUCUGGAGGAGCUCGGUUUCCGCAGCUCCUCUCCCACCAUCAAGAAGAUCGCCUUCAUCGCCUGGAAGAGCCUCAUCGAAAACUUUGCCCUCAAUCCCGACAUCCUUAGCAGUGCCAAACGCAUGAAGCUCCUGAUGCAGCCGCUCACCUCCAUCAACGUCAGGACGGAGGCGCUGCUGCUCACCAAGGUGGAGGUCUGGUGGUACCUGGUGGUCCAGCUCGGGCCCAACCUGUCACCCAACUUUGAUCAGGUUUCUGUUCCUCUGCUACAGUCCACCAUCGGUCCAGACUCCUCAUCAGUCCCGAGCACCCCCUCAAGAGCUGGCGGUCAAAAUGGAGCUGUUACACCCAGCACGCCCAAGACUGGAAAUCCAGGCUUCAACAGUCCCAACAGUUCGAUGAGGAUGAGCCUGAACUCCAGCACGCACGUCCCCUCCGCCUUCCCCUCCAUCCAGCUGCUCGGCCUGGAGAUGCUGCUCCACUAUUUUCUGGGGCCAGAGGUCAUCGCCACAGCAGCAAAGAACAAACUCAUCCUGAGUCUCGAGCCCCUGAAGCACCCGCUGCUCUGCGGCGCUUCCUCCUUCACUAAACACGGCGCCGCGCUCACGUCCGGUGUCAGAGACGGAUUCAUCAACAUCGGCAAAGACGCUCCAGAUUCUCUUCUGGCCGUCAUUUGGACGAGUCUCGUCCGCUUUGUCAACUUAACUAUAGAGUCUGGCAGUAAGAAGGACCGGCAGGGAGGGGAAGUGCUCACACUGAUGCUCCAGGCUCUGCAGAGCAUCGUCACCUCAGAAGCUUUGCCUGCAGACAAAGUCCUGAUUCUGUUUGAGGCCACAGUGAAAGGGAUUCCCCAAAGAGUUCUUGGCUCCGCCUCCUAUCAAGUGGGCAAGAUGGAUGUGCUGAACGGAACGCCGGCUCUGUUCCUCAUUCUCCUCCUCUACAACAGCAGCGUGCUGCCAGCCUACAUCGAGGACGAGAGGUUUUUUCAGUGUCUUCAGACGCUGGUGAGCUGCGGUCUGUCGGGCCCCACGUCCCCUCUGGCGUUUGGGGAGGCGGUGCUGGGCGCCAUCAGACGCAGCGCUGCGUCCGUGCAGAACAAAGAGCAGCUGUGGAGGAUGUGGAGCGCGAUGGUCAGCCCGCUCACAGACACCAUCACACAGACUAAUGAAGUCAACCAAGGUGAUGCUCUGGAGCACAACUUCAGCGCCGUGCACUCUGCCCUGUUGUUCCCCAUCACUCACCUGCUGCACGGCUCCCCGCUACAGCAGGCGGCCCAGAAGUCGAUGCUGUCCUCGUGGUCGAAGCUGUACAAAGUGUUCGCCCGCUGCUCUGCGCUGGUGGUCACAGCUGAGGAGAACAUCUGCUGCGAGGAGCUCUGUGCAAAGAUGACGGCUGCUAUCGAGAACGAUGCUCUAAUGGUUCCCUCAACAUUAAACGCUGUGGCCAGUAUCCUCCAGGUCAUGGUCGAGUGUGUGGACUUCUCGCCAUACACUCCUCAGUUUCAGCAGAAGCUGAAAUCUCCUCACACGCCGGUAAACUGGAUGAAAAAGAGGAACAAGGUUCUUGGGAAUCUGUCCACCUUCCAGUCCCUGCUGCUGCAGUGUCUCCAGGUUUAUCUGGAGGCUGCGGAGGCGUCCUCUGAAGCCACAGGACUGUCUCUGCUCUCCAUCCUGUCCGCUCUCUUCGCCAACUUCGCUCUCGCCAACACCGUCAAGGAAGCUCUGACGUCUCUGAUUCAGCCUCUCACCCUCUUCUACAAACACGCAGCCAGCGAGCCGCCCAAAUUCUCCUCACAGCUUCUGGGAAAGUUGGAGAAGCUUCUCGGCGACGUCCUCGGCUGCCUGCAGACUCGCUCCACUCUGGCGUACGACAGCGAGCUGCUGGCUCUGCUCUCGCCGCUCCUCUGUGUGGUGUUUCCUCACAAGAGCAAGCAGCUCCGCACAUCAGUCACCCACUUCUGGAACGCCACCUUCGCCAACGCAGUCAGCCUCACUUACCCCGAAGAGAUCAGACCGAUAUUGAGCCACGUGAAGCAGAAGACCCCGAUCAUUCUCCCUGGCUUCGAGGUCGUCAGCGUUGCUGACGAGCUCAGUGGACAGUACUCCGGCGAGAGUUCCCAGCUAGAGACGAAGCUCAGCGGCAUGCCGGUGUCCUCUGCGGGGAAGAGGGACUCACUGCUGGGAAAAGCUGCAGAGCUGAAGGACAGGAGCUCCACAAAGACCUCCAAGCCAGUUUCUACAAAGCUGGACUUUGGUUCUCCGAAACCUCCUCGUAGAGGAGUUCUGGAGGAAGAGGCCUCUAUCGACUUUGUCUUCAUUCCUCCUGAGACGAAGGAGCGUGUCCUGACGGAGCACCAGAAGGAGGUGAAAAGGACAAAAAGAGUUGACAUUCCUGCCAUGUACAACAACCUUGAUGCUUCUCUGGAUACUACAGUUUUCACCCAGUACACACAGAGCCAAGAGGACUCUCUGGACAAUUUGGCAACUGAACAAGCUGACAAGGUUACCACCGAAGCUCCUGGUGAGAAAAACUUGGAAAAAGACGGAGACUCAGAAGUUCCAACAAAAGAGACUCAAGACUAUGCCAGUCCAGAAGCAGUCGAGAACCUGCCAGAAAAUAACAAGCAGGAAGAGAUGAUCACUGAGUCAGCAGAUGUUUCUAUGGAGGAUGAUGACAGAGCAGGAGACUCAGAAAUGCAGUCUAAAGAAGGCCCGAGUCCUAACAUCUCUGGCUCCUCAGAUUUGGUGUCAGGGACUCCCCAGAAACCCAACAGUCGCCGUCAGUCCUUUAUCACCCUGGAGAAGUAUGCUGACAGAAAGCCUGCCAGCCCCAGCAGUGCGUCCACGUUCACAGGUCCCCUCGUAAAGACCUCCAGUAGUCAAGAACGCUCUAAAACCAACAAGAGGUCAUCUUCCCGGGCUUCCCGGACAUCCACUCAUCCGAAUUCUCAGGAUUCACAGUCCUCUCAGACACGAAAAAGAGACUCACACUGUCCUGUGCAAAAUGCCAUUGAGUCUCCUGUAAGACCAAAAGACUCUGGGAUAAAAAGUGAGCCAGUAAGGCUGACUGAGAGACUUCCCAGUGACCCAACAGAGGACGAGGACAUUAUCCCGGACACACAGACUGAAUUAGAGGCCAAGGAAAGUCCAACAAUGUCCUCAUUAGAGGAAAUUAAACCUUCAAGCGAGGAAGAGGAAUUUGAGCAGAGUCUGGAUGAUUCUCAAUCCUCUGGUACCCAGACUUCUUCAGGUGAACGCAGGCGGCCUGGACGCCCGCGAGUCAAGCAUCUGCUGCCUGGAGAGGACGCAGAUGAACGGGAAGACAAAUAUAAAGUGUUGAAAAGGAGACGAUCUGGAGGGGAACCUAAAAGUGAUUCUUUAAACUCAUCACAAACCAGACCAAACACGAGAAGUAAGCUGGCUGCUGAGGAGGAGAACAGCAGAGUACGAACGAGGGCUCGGAGCGAGUCGAGCCAAACCAACUCUCGGGGUGGGGCGCACAAGAAGAUCAGACUGUACAGCAAUUCACAAGACUUUCUCGAGAAACCUGAACCCAGAAGGAGAAGCACCAGAGAGAACGAGUCCAGCCAAACUGAAUCACAGUCAGGUACUCAGUCUGAUCACGAAAGCCAGUCACAGGGUAGGCAGAGACGGCAGAGCAGAGCAUCAUUGGAGGAGGCUGGAAUGAAGAAAAAGGUUUCGCCUGAAAAGAUGGAGUCCAGCCAAACUACCACAUAUGAGGCCGAUAAGGAUGAUAAGCCAAAGAAAGAUUCUCAGGUGAUUGCUUCCUCCUCUCAAACUGGUGGCAAGUCCCAAGAGUUUGAGAUUGUAAAACAGGCCAGCAAAGAUGCUGAUAAACCGAAUGAAGAUUCUCAAAUGAUCACUCUUUCCCCUCAAACAGGUAGCAAAUCCCAAGAGUCUGAGAUUGUAAAACAGGCUGACAAAGACGCUGAUAAACUGAAGGAAGAUUCUCAGGUGAUCACUCCUUCCCAUCAGACGGACAGCAAAUCCCAGGAGUUUGAUAUUGUAGAUCAGGCUGAAAAAGAUGCUGAUAAGGUUAAGGAAGUUUCUCAUAUUGUCUCUUCUCCUCAAAAAGGUGACCAAUCCCAAGAGGUUGAGUUUUUAGAAAUGACCGACAAGGAAAAAAAACAUUCUCCGAUAGCUGCUUCCCCUCCAAUGAACGAGUCCCAAGAUAGAUCCAGCAUGACAAAAAAGUUGUUGAAUGAAUCAGAGGUAAAAAACAAACUCAAGACAAGUGUAGACACAGAUGACAACCUUAGUCAAGAGGACUCUCAAGUGAUCACACCCUCGUCUUCUGAUGGACAGUCUCGGCGUAGAUCCAGAAGAAGCAAGGCAUUAUCUGAAACAGCAGAGUCUGAAGAUAAAAGUACAAAUAAGGAUUCAUUAGGAAAGACCAGGUCUAAUUCGCAGGCAGCCUUGACAACUGAUAGUCAGGAGGAGGCUAAAGUUGGAGGUAGGACCAGAAGGAGCAAGGCACAAGAAGAUUUGUCAAAGUCAAGUCAAAGCCAAACCCCAGAGAGUUCUCAAUCAUUAGAUACUGCAGGAACAACAGAGUCCUCUCAAGGUAGAGGCAGAUACUCGAGACGAAGAUCUUCUCAAGUGUUAGGGGCCAGUUUAGAGUCCUCAGAGUCUGAAUCCUCGGAGGCCAAAGAAAGCCCCUCUGUGCCCAAAAAGAGAGGGAGGAAACCUCGAGCGUCUCUUCCAAGUCCUCUCACAGUUGACUCUAAAGAAGGCAAAAUUAAUAAAAAUAUAGCAAAGGAUGAUUCUGACUCUUCUCAAAAGAUAGAUUCUCAAAGCAUAGAAAAAGAUUUAGAGGAUUCACAGGAAACUCAGGAUUUGCAGGAUUCUGAAUCGCUCCAGGUUUCAGGCAAAACUGAGGCGCAAAGCAAUGAAGAAUCACCAAUGGAGGUAGAAGCUGAUGCUGUUGUAGAUAAAACUGACAACUUGAAGAUGAACGAGUCGCUCAUUGACUCGCCUCGCAAGGAGCAAACACAAAAAGACUCAAACAUUGAGAAUACCUCUUGUCAGAAAAGUGACACUGGGGACAUGGCAUCUGCUGAAAUGCUUGAAUCAGAUGCAGUCAGUACAGAGCAGAUUCAGGAAAAGCUGCCCUCUGACUUGUCUUUAUCUGUUGAGGACGCACUGGUGCCUCCUGAUGAGACAACAGAGAAACUUCAGGUUUCAGAGUCAUCAGAGGAGAAAGCUGAAGAGAUGGCUGGUGACAGUGUUUCAGAAAAACUAAACGAUUCAGAUUCAGAUCACCAAGAACAUCUGGUGGAACCAGUAGAGGAUGCAGCUGAAGGCGGUCACAGUACCUCCUUUGAACAAGACCACAUGGAGUGUCCAAUCGUCAAAGAUGAUCUCAGGAAGGAGGAAGAACAAUCUGCCUCCAACGAAGGGGAGUUGACAAACCAGCAUACAGAGGCCAUCGCCGAGGAUGACGCUUCAUCUCUAAAGGAGAGUGAUAAAGAUGACAAAACCCUUGUUGCGGAGUGUCAAAACGAAGACGAAACUCAGACCGCCAACACUGAAAGUGCUGUUGUCCAAAAUUUGGAUUCUGCUCUGGCUGAUGCUUCAGUGUCAUCAGAACCAACAAGCAAAGACGCUUUUGCAGAUUCUCCGGUAAAGCAGAAGGACUUGGAGGCAGUAAUGGCCACAGAUGUCGGCCAAAGCCCCAGCAGUGGCAGGACCAAGGGUACCUGGUCUCCUUCAGCAUCUCCAUCAACCAGUAUUCUGAAGAAGGGCUUGAAGAGACCACUUGAGGAGGAGACGCCCUCACCUCUUGUCAAAUCCAGACGUGUAUCCUUUGCUGAUCCAAUCCAACAUCAGGAAACAGCAGAUGAUAUUGAUCGUCGCAGCCCUGCUGUCAGAACCAGCUCCCCCAGAAGAUCCAAAGUUAGCAGUAUCCCACAGCCGAAGUAUGUCACAACUCCUACAAAAGGUCUACUGAUCCUGAGUCCCAGAAAUCUGCACAGUCCAGGUUACAAGAGCUCCAAGAAAUGCCUGAUUUCAGAAAUGAGCCAGGAGCCGCGUCCUGUCCCCAGAGACUGUAUCUUCCCCGCCCUGGUCGGCUGCUCUACACCUGUAGAGGCUGUGCUGCCUCAGAUAUCCUCCAACAUGUGGUCUCGUGGGUUUGGACAGCUUGUUCGAGCCCGAAACAUCAAAACGGUCGGUGACCUCAGCGCUCUGACUCCCAGUGAAAUCAAGACUUUGCCAAUUCGCUCGCCAAAGGUCUCCAAUGUCAAAAAGGCACUAAAAAUCUAUGAACAGCAGCGUAAAGGACGGGGUGGUGACGAGUUAAAGAGUUUUGAUGAAACGGAGAUGAUGACCUCCGAACUGGAGGACAGCAGUGCUCCUCAAAACCAGGAUGAGGAGGAUAAGACCUCAGGAGAGACUCUAGCAACAGCGCUGAUGGACGAGCCCGUUCCUGCAGAUGGGAGGACGGAGCAAGACGUCACCGGGAAUCAGACGCCGGCCGCAGAGCGGAGAGCUGAAGGAGCGCUGCACCCGGAGGCGCUGCCGUCAGAGCUGGAGGCCCUCAGCUGUAGGAUGACGCCACAGGAGCUCGGUUACUGCUCCCCGCAGCAGCUGCUUCAGAUGCACGAUCAGUUGGGAGGCAUGAUGAGGCAGGUGGUCGUCGAGCUGCAGACACGUCUCUGCCAGACGGACGGAAAACCCUGAAGAGACGACGCUCCUGAUGGAUCAGACGGAUACACAGGUGUUAAAAUGCACAUUAAAAGACCUCAGCUCAUUUUUCUUUGCUUCAGGUGUUUUUAAUAAAUACUCGCAGCACUUUUGGUCAUCUGUAGCUUCAGCUGUUGGCUAGUUAAAAUGAUUUUAAGAAACACUCAAAGGGAAGCACAGUCACACUUUCUAAACUGUGUGAAAAGACAAUUUUAAUAGUUGUAGUCUUGACAUGGACGGUAUUUUCCUACUCUCCUAUAUCGACUAAUAAAGGACUGAUGUUUGACUACAGAUGUAGAAGAAAUAUAAUUCUCUCCACUUCCUGUUCAGUUUUGUACAUAUGCUUUCUCUAAUGUCGUUUAAAUUUCCCCAUGUGCCUGUUUUUAUGUUUACAAUCCCACUCAUCAGUGCUCUUGUAUAUUUUGUAGUAUUUUUUAGUUUGUAAGCCUUUUCUGUCCUUUACUUUUAACAUCUUAUUGCAUUUUUUUAAAAUCCUGACUAUAGAUGGUAGUGGACAGUCUACACUUGAUGUGGUUUUAAAUUCCUCAAUAAAAGGCAGAACUUUUAAUGAA